AUGUUGGCGGUGAGCGUUUUGCAAUUGAAUCUGGUGAGUUUCUUGCAUGUGAGGUCUCUUGAAGAGGACCCGCGCUGGCACUUGUCGGAGGAAUGCCGGUGCUCGGUGUGGCGAGUGACGUCAUUGUGCGUGGAGGCUGCUUACGCCCAGGCUGCAACUGAUUUUGCUCGACGGGCUAACAGGUUGUCCCUCGCAUCCACGGCCAUACCGGAGGCUUGCGCAGACAUCUCAGAGGAGGAGGAUGACUUUCUCGAAAUGUACGACGCCGUGGGCUCUGCAGACACAUAUGCGCAGGCAUGUCAAUGUGAAGAUGGGCACCGGCAUGCUCUGGUCCCAUUGGAUGAGCAGCAUUGUGCGGAGCAGGCACGACCAUCACUCGCGCAGCUCUUUCCCGGGUGCAUGCCCCGACUGAUGCCGUUCCUCGGAGUGUCUGAUUUGCCUGCUUUCCGGAUUGCCUGCAGAGAAGUUUCUCCUACGCAGGUGCUUUUGAAUCAGCUUCUCGUGCGCGUGGAGAAUGCUACGUUUGAGACUUUCGUCGCGAUGAUACUUUGGGAGGGGCACCAGAUUGUGCCAGGGGACUUCCGCGCUCGUGACCGCUGUGCAGGCCUCCGUAUCCUCAUGCAUCACCUUCCCCAAUGGUGGCAACUAGAUCCGGCACCCCUGGUGCCGCUACUACAAUCCUUGCAGCACGAUUGCUUUGCUGACGGAAAGGCACCAAAGGAAGUGGGCUUUGUGCGCCUUGUCGCUCUCAAUUUUGCGAAGUUCAUCUUCGCGAUGGAAAGUGUGCCCAAAUCGCUGAGACACUUCUUAGCCAAAGGUUCGCUGGCUUUCCUGAAGCACGGGGAUCUCGAAGAUGUUCUGUGGGCCUGUGAAGGCUUGGCGCUGUGCCGUGCCAAUCUUGGCCGAUUUGGCGCAUCAGUCACUGAAGCUUUGUGGGAGAUCACGCAGGGGAACUAUGGCCCUCGACACAGAGACAUGGCACAGAAAGCCUUGCACCGCGUGCAGGCCACAAUGCAGCUGGAUGGACCCCAGAUUUUACCGCCAAACGAUCACGCUGUGUUAAUGAACAGAUCUGAGUACACCACCAUUCCAGAAGCCUACCACGCAGCCAGGGUUGUGACGCCACCCCGCGUGAGCUGGACGCCGCAUUCACCAUUCACCUCGACGAUAAAUUGCAUGUUGCAGCCAGCUGCCUGGCCAACAAGUGGUGCAGCGUUGGCUUCAACAAGGACAGGCCCAAGAUGGAUGGCGCAGAUGUCUGCACCUUCGGCCACCAUCCCGGUGUGGAUCUCUCGGACUGUCACAAGACCUGUGGUUGUGGCGGCACAGCCCGUGGCUAUGGUUGCGGCACAUCCUGUGGCUGUACAGCGCAUCGCGUGGUUGCGGCCGCGGCGCAUCCUCUAA